UACACGCCUGCGCGCGCGCACUCGUCGGAGCGUUCCGGCUCUUGGAGGGACUGCUGCGCGGGAGAUCACAGGGAAGGCAGAGACCCGUCGGCCCCGAGAUGUCGUACAUGCUCCCGCACCUGCACAAUGGCUGGCAGGUGGAUCAGGCCAUCCUCUCGGAAGAAGACCGCGUGGUGGUCAUUCGAUUUGGACACGACUGGGAUCCUACUUGCAUGAAGAUGGACGAGGUUCUGUACAGCAUAGCUGAGAAGGUUAAAAAUUUUGCAGUUAUUUAUCUUGUGGAUAUCACAGAAGUACCUGACUUCAACAAAAUGUAUGAAUUAUAUGAUCCGUGUACUGUCAUGUUUUUCUUCAGGAACAAGCAUAUCAUGAUUGACCUGGGUACUGGUAACAACAACAAGAUCAACUGGGCCAUGGAGGACAAGCAGGAGAUGAUUGACAUAAUUGAGACUGUGUACCGUGGGGCCCGGAAAGGCCGUGGUCUGGUUGUAUCCCCGAAGGACUACUCCACAAAGUACAGAUACUGAGCUCCUAGCUGGUCCUGGUGCACACAGGUGCCAUCGAGUCAGUCCCACGUGGACACAGUCUAAACUCUUGAGAGCAUCUGAGGAAGUAUGUGUGGCUCAAGGAGCUGGAGGGUUUUACAGUGAGGGUGGCGUUGCCUCCACUUUCAGUCUACUUGAUCAUUGUAUUUUUGUAUCAGCAAAUAUCUGUAAAUAGCUAAAUAAAUACAAUACAUAGCGACAGGAA